CCCGGGCGCUUCCAAGCCCCAGGCGUUGGGCUGCUGCCGAGGGUCCCCGGCCGCGCGCGACGCAAGAUGUCGAGGCGCAGUCUGGAAAACCGGGACGCUCAAACCAGACAACUGCAAGAUGUUGUCACAAAUGUGGAGAAGCAUUUUGGAGAGCUGUGCCAAAUCUUUGCUGCUUAUGUGCGGAAAACUGCCAGACUGCGAGACAAAGCAGACCUCCUGGUGAAUGAAAUCAACGCGUAUGCCUCUACAGAGACCCCAAAUUUAAAGCAGGGCCUGAAAAACUUUGCUGAUGAGUUUGCCAAACUUCAGGAUUAUCGACAAGCAGAGGUUGAAAGACUUGAAGCCAAAGUAGUUGAACCUUUGAAAGCUUAUGGAACCAUUGUAAAAAUGAAACGGGAUGACCUCAAAGCAACAUUAACAGCAAGGAAUCGAGAAGCUAAGCAGUUAACUCAGUUAGAAAGAACACGUCAGCGAAACCCAUCUGAUCGACAUGUUAUUUCACAAGCAGAAACCGAAUUACAGAGAGCUACAAUAGAUGCUACCCGAACAACUCGUCAUCUGGAAGAAACUAUUGAUAAUUUUGAGAAGCAGAAAAUAAAGGAUAUAAAGACUAUAUUUUCAGAAUUUAUCACAAUCGAAAUGUUAUUUCAUGGCAAAGCUUUAGAGGUCUACACUGCUGCCUACCAAAAUAUACAAAAGAUUGAUGAGGAUGAAGAUUUAGAGGUUUUCCGAAAUUCUCUAUAUCCACCAGAUUAUUCAUCUCGUUUAGAUAUUGUAAGAGCAAAUUCAAAGUCACCUCUUCAGAGAUCACUAUCAGCUAAGUGUGUAUCUGGAACAGGACAGGUGUCCACCUGUCGACUAAGGAAGGAACAACAAGCAGAAGAUGGUGGUGAUGAUGAAGAGUUAGACAUUACAGAUGAAGAAAAUUAAUUUUAAGUAAACUUCACAUUUCCAUUUUCAUCUUAAAUGACUUAAAAUCCAGCACUACUGAAGUGUAAACUUUAGAUUCACUUGAUACGUUAAACUUCAAAACAAAAUUGUACUAGAAAUGGAAAAUUAAAGGAAAUUUAUGUUGACCGAAAAUGAAGGUUUUAGAAAAUAUUACACACCAGUCAUUUCAACAUCGUACCUGGUGGUAUGUGAUCUUUUGCUAUAACUGCCAUAUUUUAAAAAAGAUUAUUUCCAAUUAGUUCAUAUUAAUAUAGUUACCUAGUUGAAGUUCAAUAGUAAGUAGAUGACAAAAACCAAAAGAUCUAACAAUUCCACUUUGAGGUUACAGUCCAUGUUUUCAUCACCAGAAAAAGGACGUCCUAAACAGUUGUUCUGAUUACAUAAAAAUUCUAUUCCAUGAAGCCUUAAGUGAAAAAUCUUGGGUUUUUUCUUACUUUCACUAAGACCUUAUGUUUCAUCAUUUGAUUUGUAAACUUCCUUUUCAACAAGCAUGUAAUCAAACAGAAUAAAGGUAAUGGGACACUAAGACAUCAGUGUUUUACAAAUAUACUUAAAGCAUAAAUUUUAGCUUUCAAAAAAGCCACAUUCAACCUGAUUCUGGUUUUAAAACAAAACUGCUGUCAUACUAAAGCAUUAUACAUGGUACUGCAACUUUUGGAAAGCUAGUAAUUUGGUGGAAUGUUGCCUCAUCAUGGAACACCAUAAAUCAUUAAAAAUUCUAUAAAAACUUUAACCAAGCUACCAUCUAAUUAAUAACAGGGUACAUAGUCACUAUUAUUCCUGAAAGCAUAAAAUAAUUUAACCAUAGCCUUUCAAUAUAUCUGAUGCUUUUGUUUCUUUUGGUGAAGAAUUAUAAUUUUGUUAUUUCAUAGA